AUGCCCUCCUGUCAUAACACCAACAACAACUUCAACCUCGACGAAGGUCUCAUACAGAGCCACAGCAAGACUAGGAAACGAGGUUGUUCCUCCUCCUCUUCCUCUUCUCUUGUAAGAAGAUACCGUUUCAAGAGAGCCAUUUUGGUUGGGAAGAAAGGAGGGUCCAGCACCCCAGUUCCCAUGUGGAAGACCAAAACAACUUCUCCUUCUCUUCCUACUCACCACACCAAGCCUUUGCAUUCUUCUGCCUCCAUGUUACCCUCCAAGGACAAGGAGCUCUCCGUGUCAGCCAGGAAACUCGCUGCUACACUCUGGGAAAUCAAUGAUUUGCCUCCUUCCAGGGUCAAGAAGGAGUUCGAGGUUGAUCAAAUGAGAGGCUGCAAGGAGAAGGGUAGAGGCAGAGAGAAAGGUGCGGGGUUGUCCAGAUCGGGCUUGUUGCGGCCACAGAUGUCAGAUCCAUCGCAUAGUCCUGUCUCUGAGAGGAUGAAGGGGCUUGAAGGGGAUAGCUGCAAAAGAAGAGUGUCAGGGUUUUCUCAUCAGCUUCUGUCGGGUGAUUACUGUUUGGAUGCUCUGGAUGCUCAUAGCAAUGCCAAUUUAAUUGAGGAAGUGGAAAAUCAGUUAAAAAGCGAGAAGAAUCGAGGCAAAAUCACUGGUGGUGUUAAGAACCGUCUGAAGGAAGCUAGAAGUGGAUUAUCUACAACAAAGAAGCUUCUAAAGGUGUUAAAUCAAAUGUGCCUUAGAGAGCAGCAAGCAUCAAGCAUGCCCCUUGUCUUGGCUCUGGGGAGUGAGCUUGAUCGAGUUUGCCACCAAAUUGAUCAACUGAUCCAUGAACAGCGUUCAAACCAGAACGAUGUUGAGUAUGUCAUGCAGCAUUUUGCAGAAGAGAAGGCUGCUUGGAAAAGAAGAGAACGAGAAAGGGUUCAUGAUGCCAUAAAACACGUGGCAGAAGAGCUUGCGGUGGAGAAGAAGUUGAGAAGGCAAACUGAACGGUUGAACAAGAAGAUUGCUAAAGAAAUGUCUACUGUCAAAGCUUCCUAUUUGAAAGCAUCUAAAGAGCUUGAAAGGGAGAAGCGUGCAAAGGAGAUCCUGGAGCAAAUUUGUGAUGAACUAGCUAGAGGCAUUGGGGAAGAUAGAGCACGGGUGGAGGAACUGAAAAGGGAAUCGGCUAAAGUUCGGGAGGAGGUGGAGAAGGAAAGGGAAAUGCUUCACUUAGCCAAUGUUUUACGCGAAGAGAGAGUGCAGAUGAAGCUUUCAGAGGCUAAGUAUCAGUUUGAGGAGAAGAAUGCUUUCCUAGAAAAGCUGCGAAAUGAGCUUGAGGACUAUAUGAGGACUAAAGAUGGGCAAAAUGAGGAUGUUUCUCCAGAAUGUAAAAAGAUCAAGGAUCUUGAGUCUUAUUUCAACAAUGUCUAUAGGGGAUUCCAAAAUGCAGAGAAAGAGGAUGAUUCAGAUGUUGAAAAUGAUGUAGGACAUGAAAGAAAUGAUGACUCAGAUGACAGUGAUCUCCAUUCAAUUGAAUUGAACAUGGAUGAUGACAGCAAAGGCUACAAGUGGAGUUUUGCUUGUGAAAAUGAUGGACAAGAGAAGAGAUUUUCCAUUGACAAAGAAAGUAUAGGGAGGAAGUCUUUCUCCGAGAAAAUUCAGUGGGGAAGUAUUUGCUUCAACAAGGGAACUUCAAGUGGUAGGAAGAGGGAUUUUUCUAUAAAUAUUCAGGAAGUUUCUGAUAAUUUUGAUCCUGAUAGGUCAAUUGAAUUUCUCUCACAAGCUCGGAUACAAGACGAUAAUGAUGAAAGUCAAAGCAAUAAGACUAUAAAAGUGCUCCAAAACUCUAUCUCAUGUGUUAAUUCUGAUAAGAUAAAUGGUCUACUAUUAACUUUGCAGUGUGCUGAUGGAGAAGCAGGGGAAAAAGCUCUUGCCCAGAAGGGUGACAAUUUGAAGCAAGAAAUUGCAGGAAAAAAAUCUGGAUGUUGA